GCGAGCAGCACGCACCCACUCAACAGAGUUUCUAACCACAAUAUCACAGACCAAUCUAUCUCGGCCACAAAAAAACUUGGACGCUUUGCGCUUUUCUGGUUCUCUUCGCUAUCUUUUUUCACCUAUACCUACACUGGCUUGGUUGCUUGCUUACUUCAUACAUGAACCAGAAAAAAUACCCUUCACCAAAAAAAUAAAAUAAAAUAGCUUUCGCUUAGAAUGCUGAAAAUGGACUGUCAUGGUGGCUACUCCAGUAACUGGGUACGCCUCUGUGACUCUUGCAGAGUGUCUGCUUCGACUCUGUACUGUCACACCGAUUCAGCGUACCUCUGCUCUUCCUGCGACGGACAAAUUCAUUCGCCGAGAUAUCCUUGUUGGCCCCACCAUCGGGUGCAACUUUGCGGAGCGUGUGAGAACGCUCCGGUGGCCUUCACCUGCAAGGCCGAUGAUGCUUCGCUGUGCGUCAACUGUGACUUCGAAAUUCACUCGGCGAAUCCAAUCGCUAGCCGACACAACAGGGUCCCUGUGUCUCCCCUGUCUCGUAUACCGAACGACAACGUGGCAACUCCUGAAGACCAGCCUAAUUACGAGGUUGUCGACAACAGCGUAAGUAGCAAGGAAAUGGACGAGCGAGAAGCUGACUCAUGGUUAUUGCUUGAUUCUGCUGACACAAUAGACAGCCAGGUUGAUGACGGGUUUAUGUUCGGAGAAUCAGAGGAUGAUCACCAUGCUUACAUGGGGCUUGUUGAAGAGUGCGAUUCAUCCAUAAAGUUAAAAAAUUUCCAGGAAGAUCGUGAUCAGGAGCAGCAAGCUAUGACCUUUUCUGAAGAGAUGAACGAAAGUGACAGUGUGGUGCCAGUUCAGACCAAGCAAUUGCAGCCAAAGCAGCAGCAGAAUAUGUACUUCAACAUGGAGAAGAAGCCAUCAAGAGUGGCUUUCACAAAUUAUGCCUUGAAUUGCCGGAGCGUGGCGGUUCCAUAUAUGGAUGCUCCAGUGCUGCAAAGAGGAACGGCAAGUGACAUGGCAGGCUACAGAUUUGGCAAAGGAACAGAGAUAUUCCCGAGUGGAUCAGUUCCAAUGCAGAUCCACUUUGGGCAGAUGAACAGGAAAGCUGGAGUGGAAAAAUACAGGGAGAAGAAGAAAUCUAGAAAGUUCGAGAAGAGAAUCAGAUAUGCUUACAGGAAGGCCUACGCCGAGAAGCGACCCAGAGUGAAGGGCAGAUUUGUAAAGAGGCAAGAGUUAACCUCAGACGAAGGCGUGCCUCUCCAUUGAACAUCUCAGCCACCACGAGUGCUUAGCUAUAAUUGAAUUUGAACUAGUUUCAAUGUCAAGUCCUGCUGCAGAAUAUUAAGUUGUUCGUCGAUUUUACUGAGUUUUGAUCAGUUAGUUUGGCCUGUUUGUUUGUUGGCGAAUGUCAAAUUGUAUCCUCUGCCACCGACUUUGAGCGUAUUUCACUGUUUAAGAGAGAGAGACCGGGCUUGUUAAA